AUGCCGAUCCCUUCACUACCCCUCUUUGCUGCAGCGGAGCAGCAUGCGCGCCAGAAUCCCGAGAAGAUCGCGGUCAUUGACACCACCAAACAACAAUCCUUCACAUUCGUUCAAUUGCUGGCGGACGCAGCAGCAUUAAGGAAGCACAUAAUUGAGCAAUUGGGAUUGACGGGCGAUUUGGAAGAACGACGUAUUGCCUUCUUGGUCCCCAAUGGAUAUGACUACGUUGCUACGCAAUGGGCUGUGUGGGCGGCGGGGGGUGUCUGCGUUCCACUUUGCACAAGUCACCCAGUGAAAGAACUGCUAUACACCGUCGGUGAUUCGGACCCCUCAUUGAUUAUCGUGCAUCCGGAGUUCGAGAAGAUCGCACCCUCGCUGCGCGAAGGAUGCAACCCCAAUAUACCAUUCAUUGGACUGGAGGCAUUCUCUCGAAAUGAAGCCCCGACCUUACCUUCUUUCUCCCCACCGUUUGCGCUCACUCGGCGCGCCCUGAUGAUCUAUACCUCUGGAACCACGUCGAACCCUAAAGGCUGUGUGACGACACACGAGAAUAUCACUUUCCAAGCAAGCUCUCUGAUCAAGGCCUGGGAGUACACACCCUCAGACCGUCUCAUUCACGUGCUACCGCUCCACCACGUCCACGGUAUUAUCAAUGGCCUGGUUGCCAGUUUGCUGAGCGGUACCACAGUGGAGAUGCAUGCGAAGUUUGAUCCUAAGGUGAUCUGGGAGCGGUGGCAGGACCACGGCUCCUCGACCUUGUUCAUGGCUGUACCGACCAUUUACUCCCGCCUGAAUGACUACUUCGAUGCUCAUAUCCGCGGCACGGAACGAGAAGAUGCCGCGCGGGCUGGAGCUCAUGCUCUACGACUGGUCGUCAGUGGAUCUGCGGCCCUCCCAACCCCCAUCAAAGAAAAAUUCGCCGAAAUCACCGGCCAGGUUCUAUUGGAGCGGUAUGGAAUGACCGAGAUUGGUAUGGCGCUCAGUUGCGGGCUGGAGAUUCAAAAGCGAAUCGAUGGCAGUGUGGGCUGGCCGUUGCCCGGGGUCGAGGUACGACUGACCGAAAAAGAAACCGGUCGGAUCGUGGAUGGAGUGGAUGAGGACGGCAUGAUCGAGAUCAAGGGCGGUAAUGUCUUCUGCGAGUACUGGCGGAAACCGGAAGCGACGGCGUCGGAGUUCACAGCGGAUGGAUGGUUCAAGACCGGCGACGUGGCUAAACGCGAUUCAAGCGGUGCAUACUUCAUCCAAGGCCGUGCUUCUGUUGACCUGAUCAAAUCUGGUGGAUAUAAGAUUUCGGCGUUGGAAGUUGAGCGCAAGAUGCUGGCCAUUCAUGCAAUUCAAGAAGUUGCAGUAGUCGGAUUGACCGAUCAAGAAUGGGGCCAGCGAGUUGCUGCGGUUGUCAAAUUCCGGGAUGGGACUAUACCGCUGGAUCUUCCUACUCUACGCGCUGAGCUCAAAAACGAGAUGGCUCCGUAUAAGAUCCCCACUGUUCUGAAGGUUGUGGAUGGGAUCGAGCGCAAUGCCAUGGGCAAGGUCAACAAGAAGGUCAUUGUACAAAAGUACUGGCCGGAUAAGGCAUGA